CUCCACACCGAGGCGAAGAGGUUCUAUCCGGGGCCUUGGCGCUUCUCUUUCCUUUCGCGCCGGUUGCCGCUGCGGAGCGCGGCGGGUCCAUGUGCGCAGUGAGUGGCGCUACUCUUGCCCCAGUAGCAUCCGUGCUCCGGGUUUGACCGAGUCCGCGCUACAAUGGACCCCAAUACCAUUAUCGAGGCCCUACGGGGCACCAUGGACCCAGCCCUGCGCGAGGCCGCGGAGCGCCAGCUCAAUGAAGCACACAAGUCUCUGAAUUUUGUUUCAACACUGCUCCAAAUUACUAUGUCAGAACAACUGGAUUUACCUGUAAGACAGGCAGGUGUUAUCUAUUUGAAAAAUAUGAUAACACAGUAUUGGCCUGAUCGAGAAACAGUACCAGGGGAUAUAUCCCCUUACACUAUUCCAGAAGAAGAUCGACACUGCAUUCGAGAAAAUAUUGUAGAAGCCAUCAUUCACUCUCCUGAGCUUAUCAGGGUACAGCUCACUACAUGCAUUCAUCACAUCAUCAAGCAUGAUUAUCCAAGCCGCUGGACUGCCAUUGUGGACAAGAUUGGCUUUUAUCUUCAAUCUGAUAACAGUGCUUGUUGGCUAGGAAUUCUCCUUUGCCUUUAUCAAUUGGUGAAAAAUUAUGAGUACAAGAAACCAGAAGAGCGGAGUCCAUUGGUAGCAGCAAUGCAGCAUUUCUUACCAGUUCUAAAGGAUCGCUUUAUCCAGCUUCUUUCUGAUCAAUCUGAUCAAUCUGUCCUCAUCCAGAAACAGAUAUUCAAGAUCUUCUAUGCUCUUGUUCAGUAUACACUGCCACUUGAGCUGAUAAACCAACAGAACCUGACAGAAUGGAUAGAAAUUUUGAAGACCGUUGUGAACAGGGAUGUUCCUAAUGAAACUCUUCAAGUUGAAGAAGAUGAUAGACCUGAGUUACCGUGGUGGAAAUGUAAGAAGUGGGCUUUACAUAUUUUAGCAAGACUUUUUGAAAGAUAUGGAAGUCCUGGCAAUGUUUCCAAGGAAUAUAAUGAAUUUGCCGAAGUAUUUCUGAAAGCAUUUGCUGUUGGUGUCCAACAAGUUUUAUUGAAGGUGUUAUAUCAGUACAAGGAGAAGCAAUACAUGGCUCCUCGAGUUUUACAACAGACAUUAAAUUAUAUAAACCAAGGAGUUUCCCAUGCCCUUACCUGGAAGAACCUGAAGCCUCAUAUACAAGGCAUUAUCCAAGAUGUUAUUUUUCCAUUGAUGUGCUAUACAGAUGCUGAUGAGGAACUUUGGCAAGAAGACCCUUAUGAAUAUAUACGCAUGAAAUUUGAUGUAUUUGAAGAUUUCAUUUCUCCUACCACUGCUGCCCAAACACUUUUGUUUACAGCCUGUAGUAAGAGGAAAGAAGUACUACAGAAGACUAUGGGAUUUUGUUACCAAAUUCUUACAGAACCAAAUGCUGAUCCUCGAAAAAAAGAUGGAGCCUUACAUAUGAUUGGCUCUUUAGCUGAAAUACUUCUGAAGAAAAAGAUUUAUAAGGACCAGAUGGAAUACAUGUUGCAGAAUCACGUAUUCCCUCUCUUCAGCAGUGACCUAGGCUACAUGAGAGCAAGGGCUUGCUGGGUACUUCACUAUUUUUGUGAGGUGAAGUUCAAAAGUGAUCAGAAUCUCCAAACCGCCUUAGAGCUGACAAGAAGAUGUCUGAUUGAUGAUAGGGAAAUGCCUGUAAAAGUGGAAGCCGCCAUUGCACUUCAAGUGUUGAUUAGCAAUCAAGAAAAAGCUAAAGAAUACAUCACACCAUUUAUCAGACCUGUAAUGCAGGCCCUUCUUCAUAUUAUAAGAGAAACAGAAAAUGAUGAUCUUACCAAUGUAAUUCAGAAAAUGAUCUGUGAAUAUAGUGAAGAAGUUACUCCUAUUGCAGUAGAAAUGACACAACAUUUGGCAAUGACGUUUAACCAAGUAAUCCAGACUGGUCCAGAUGAAGAAGGAAGUGAUGACAAGGCAGUUACCGCCAUGGGAAUUCUCAAUACCAUCGAUACACUUCUUAGUGUAGUUGAAGAUCAUAAAGAGAUAACCCAGCAACUUGAAGGGAUCUGCUUACAGGUCAUUGGUACUGUUUUACAGCAGCAUGUCUUAGAAUUCUAUGAAGAGAUCUUCUCUUUGGCUCAUAGUUUGACAUGUCAACAAGUAUCUCCACAGAUGUGGCAGCUACUGCCCCUUGUAUUUGAGGUCUUUCAGCAAGAUGGCUUUGAUUACUUUACAGACAUGAUGCCUCUUCUGCAUAAUUAUGUAACAGUUGAUACAGACACACUUCUAUCUGAUACCAAGUAUCUUGAGAUGAUAUACAGUAUGUGCAAAAAGGUUCUUACAGGAGUUGCGGGAGAAGAUGCAGAAUGUCAUGCAGCAAAAUUGUUAGAGGUCAUCAUUCUACAAUGCAAAGGGCGUGGCAUUGACCAGUGCAUUCCCUUAUUCGUGGAGGCAGCUUUAGAGAGACUGACGAGAGAGGUUAAGACAAGUGAACUUCGAACAAUGUGCCUGCAAGUUGCAAUUGCAGCUUUAUAUUAUAAUCCGCACCUCCUACUCAACACCUUAGAAAAUCUUCGCUUCCCUAAUAAUGUUGAGCCAGUUACAAACCAUUUUAUUACACAGUGGCUUAAUGAUGUUGACUGUUUCUUGGGGCUUCAUGACAGAAAGAUGUGUGUUCUUGGCCUCUGUGCUCUUAUUGAUAUGGAACAGAUACCACAAGUUUUAAAUCAGGUUUCUGGACAGAUUUUGCCAGCUUUUAUCCUUUUGUUUAAUGGAUUAAAAAGAGCGUAUGCCUGCCAUGCAGAACAUGAAAACGACAGUGAUGAUGAUGAUGAAGCUGAAGAUGAUGAUGAAACUGAGGAACUAGGGAGUGAUGAAGAUGAUAUUGAUGAAGAUGGGCAAGAAUAUUUGGAGAUUCUGGCUAAACAAGCAGGUGAAGAUGGAGAUGAUGAUGAUUGGGAAGAAGAUGAUGCAGAGGAGACUGCUCUGGAAGGCUAUUCCACAAUCAUUGAUGAUGAAGACAACCCUGUUGAUGAGUAUCAGAUAUUUAAAGCUAUAUUUCAAACUAUUCAGAAUCGUAAUCCUGUAUGGUAUCAAGCUUUGACUCAUGGUCUUAAUGAAGAACAAAGAAAACAGUUACAAGACAUAGCAACUCUUGCCGAUCAAAGAAGAGCAGCCCAUGAAUCCAAAAUGAUUGAGAAGCAUGGAGGAUACAAAUUCAGUGCUCCAGUUGUGCCAAGUUCUUUCAAUUUUGGAGGCCCGGCACCAGGGAUGAAUUGAGUUCUCAGUUUCUUUCCUGCUGUGUGAUUGUAGUGAAGAGCUUGUGUUCCUCCUAGUAGUGGUUCCAGAACUGGUUCAUGUUACCUACUCUAAACUAAUUGAUCAAUAGAUGGACAAAAAAACCCAGGAGGUGGGACCUGAUCAUGCAACCUGGCACUGGAAGUGAAACCAGAGGGAUUUUUGUGGGGAGGGGGGUUAAUGUGGGGGUAUUUUCUUUAUUUUUUGAAGAAAGUAAGAUCCUGACUCUGAAGCUUCAAGUGACACUGUGGAAAUCUGAAACAAGAGGGUAUGUCAUGAAGGCAGCUUUUCUUUUUCUGAGGAAAAAAUAGGCAUGGGCUACAGGACUAUUUAAAAUGUCUCAUUUACAGUAUAAAGCUCAAAGGUAGAUGUAAUUUUUACACCUAUGAGUAUUUGUCCGAUUUCUGUCUCUUCCUCACCAUUGGGUAUCCUUUGUAUGUAAAUAAGAUAAGGUAAUAUGAUAGCCUUAUUCAGUCUUCAUUUUCAUUCAUCAAAGAUUGUUCCUGUGUAGAUUAUUGGACAUUUAUUGUAGCACUACAUAACUGAUUUAAAAAUCUGUAAAUGAAUUAGCACUUUCAUAUUGAAACAAGCCUGCUAGCCUAUGUAUAGAAGCAAAAAUGUUUGCUGUUUAUAAAAAGGGAUGUAAUAGGGUGGGGGGCAGGGGUAAUUUCAAGUUAUUAAUUUAAAAAUGAACUAGCAAUUUUGUAACUGGUAACUUUGUGGUACACUCACCUCUGAUAGUGACUUGAAUUCGGUAUGUAAAAAGGGGUUAGUGAUAUUUCAUUGCUGCUAAAAAUGGCAACUCCCUCUGUGUCCUGUUUUUUUCUUAAAGCUCUCAGUGUACAAGUGAAUAUUUGGAUACAAGACCUUACUGUAACAAACAAGAAAGGUGAUAUCUGAAGCAUGUAAAUUGGAUAUAAAGUUCUGCUCUUAAAGAGUUGAUCUUAGAGUAUGGCUAAACAUCUAUAUAUGCAAUAUUAAAAGAAAUUAAUUCGGCUAUUA